AAGACACUUGUCUUAAAAAAAAAAAAAUAAAUAAAGGAAAGAAGAAGCAGCAUUCAGAUUUCAGAAGAAGAAGAAAGAAGCGAUCUCUGAAACCAUGAACCAGGAACAACGCUCUCUGCUUCUCAACUCAUCUUCUCGCUUCUUGCCACCUCAAGGAGUGAAGCUAUCGUAUGGUACAUCUGGGUUCAGGGAAGAUGCGUUGCUUCUUUCAUCGACGGUGUACAGGGUUGGGAUCCUGGCGGCUCUGAGAUCGUUGAAGACGCAGUCGGUCAUCGGCGUCAUGAUCACGGCGUCGCAUAACCAGGUUUCCGACAACGGGGUCAAAAUCGCUGACCCGAGUGGGGGUAUGCUCUCUCAGCAUUGGGAGCCCUUCGCCGACGCCAUCGCCAAUGCCCCUUCUCCUCAACACCUCAUUCAGUUGAUAGAUGAAUUUGUUGACAAAGAAAGGAUUCCAUUUGAUGGGGUUAAGCCUGCUGAAAUACUUUUGGGGAGAGACACGAGGCCGAGCGGAGAGGCUUUGCUUCAAGCUGCUAGAGAAGGGGUUACUUCGAUUGUUGGCGCUGUUGCGAUGGACAUGGGGAUUUUGACAACUCCGCAACUACAUUGGAUGGUUCGUGCUAGAAAUAAGGGCAUGAAGGCCUCAGAGCAGGAUUACUUUGAGCAGCUUUCAAGCUCAUUCAGGUGCUUAAUGGAUUUGAUCCCAGCUGAAAAAGGCAAGUCCAGUGGGAUGAAUGACAAAUUGAUUGUGGAUGGAGCUAAUGGUGUUGGUGGAGUAAAACUUAAAGUUUUGCAGAAAUUAUUGAAUGUUUUGGAUAUUGAGGUCCGGAAUAGUAGUGAUGAUGAAGGUGUACUGAAUGAUGGAGCUGGCGCUGAUUAUGUGCAGAAAGAGAAGGUUGUUCCACGUGCCUUUGGUUCUAAAGAUUCUGGGAUAAGGUGUGCUAGUUUUGACGGAGAUGCUGAUCGGCUUGUUUACUUUUCUGUGCCUCAUGAAAGCAAUAGUACGAUUGAUCUUGUUGAUGGGGACAAGAUGCUAUCUUUGUUUGCCAUAUUUAUCAAGGAGCAACUAAGCUUUCUUAAUGAGAAAGAAGACAUAAAAGACUGCCACCAAGCUCGUCUUGGUAUUGUACAAACUGCUUAUGCAAAUGGGGCAUCCACUGAUUACCUCAAACAUUUGGGACUUGAAGUCAAUUUUACUCCAACUGGAGUGAAAUACCUGCAUGAAAAAGCUGCUGAGUUUGAUAUUGGUAUCUAUUUCGAGGCAAAUGGUCAUGGAGCUGUCUUGUUUUCAGAAUCUUUCGUAGGGUGGUUAGAGGCCAAAGCUAACAAACUUUCUUCAGGUUCAGAAGCGGAAAAGGCUGUUUUGAGAUUAUUGGCUGUCAGUAAGUUGAUCAACCAAGCAGUAGGAGAUGCUUUGAGUGGAUUGCUCUUGGUGGAAGUCAUAUUACAGCACACGGGAUGGUCAAUACACAGAUGGAGUGAACUUUAUCACGAUUUGCCCAGCAGGCAGCUCAAGGUUAAAGUUGCGGACAGAACUGCCGUGAUUACAGCAAAUGCAGAAACUGUAGUUGUCAGCCCUCCUGGUCUACAAGACGCCAUUGAUGCAGAAACUGCUAAAUACCCUCAGGGUCGAUGCUUUGUGCGACCAUCUGGCACCGAGGAUGUUGUUCGUGUAUAUGCCGAGACAUCCACGCAGGAAGCAACAGAUACCCUAGCCAACUCUGUGGCUAAACUCGUGGACCAAUUCUUAGGGUGAAACAACUCUUGACGUGACUCUUCCUUUGGCUGUGUUUUCUUUUAUUUAAAGCUAACAGGACCGAUUACCACAGAAUUAAUCUGGCUUUGAAAGUUUUGAAAUCGACAAUAAAAUUUUCUUGCAUUUUACUUUGGAGAUGGUUACCGUAUUUACAUGUUCACCAACUAAAUUCUUAAUUUGGCUACAACUGAUCUUCAUGUUCGACUAUUAACGCUCAUUCCUAUUGCAAUGUACUUUUGUGUAACUUAAAUUUCAA